UCAGCCGGUGGCGUGAUUAUGUUUACAGUAAUAAUAAAGUCUAUAUAUACAGACUUCUAGCAAGUGAAGUUGAUUUUCACGAAUUUUAUCAAUUCCUUUCUCGUGGAAUUUCUUCCGGAACUGGAAUAUAUACAGCCGUUAUUAAAGAUGGCCGAAAUUCCUGCGAUUCCCUUCCUUCCACCCCAAGUUGAAAUAAAGACUACUGAGAUGCAUACUGGAGGAGAACCGCUUCGCAUCAUUGAGUCUGGGUUCCCCGAAGCGGAGGGCAGGACUCUGCUGGAAAAACGAGCAUGGCUCAGACAGCGUGCUGACCAUUACCGGAAGUUUCUCAUGUUCGAACCACGUGGACACUGCGACAUGUAUGGCGCCUUGUUGACGACCCCUGAUCUUCCCGGAGUCGACGUUGGGGUCAUAUUCAUGCAUAACGAAGGUUAUUCUACGAUGUGUGGCCAUGGGGUCAUUGCACUGGGCAGAUAUAUUGUGGACAGAAAGCUGGUGACCCCUGUGUCCCCAGAGACCGAGGUUGUUAUUCAGUGUCCGUGCGGACCAGUCAAAGCCCGCGUGGAAUACAACUUUAAUCAAUCAGGGCGUGUGAGCUUUGAGAGUGUCCCAUCUUAUGUUUUUGCUUUAGAUGUCACCUUACCGGUCCCCGGCGUUGGUGACGUCACGGUGGACGUUAGCUAUGGCGGCGCUUUCUACGUCUUCGUGCCGGCUUCGCGACUGAACCUUGACCUGAACGUCACAGCCAUCGCGACACUGGCGGACGCGGCCCAAGCUGUCACAGAUGCAGCUAAGACACACCUGAAUCUCCUUCACCCCCAUAGCCAGGACCUAGCCUUUGUCUACGGAACUAUCCUCACUGAUGACUACACACAAAGCGUAGACGGUCCCGCUACCAACCUCUGCGUCUUCGCCAACAAACAGGUCGACCGCUCGCCAUGCGGUUCCGGAUGUUCAGCACGGGUAGCGCUAGAAUAUCGACGUGGGAUUAUCUCCCUUGGCCAGAAGCUGUACUUCCGGUCUGCGGUGACUGGUUCUGUGUUCGCCACGAUUGCUGUUCGAGAAGUCGAAGUCAAACAGGCGGGGCCUCAGGACUCUGAUGUAGUAGGCGUGGUUACAGAAGUUUCUGGCAAUGCGUACUACUCGGGACAAAGCACGUUCUGUGUGGAACAAGACGACCCUCUCACACCCGGCUUUCUGCCCCGCUGAAGCCAUUAACAUGCUUUCACUUUUGCCACUUUCUUUACUUCACGCCUAUAACGAAGACAAUGUAAUCUAUGAAUCAAACUAUUUCUUGCUAGAAAUUGCUUACUGCAGUCAUAUAAAUAUUACAAUUUCACUGACGAGCAGACUUAAGGAACAUUUGCAGAGGGUCUAUGUUAUCCACAAAAUAAAUAAUUUAACGUGUACUUUUAACAACAAAAAAAAUUAAAAUAAAAAGGCAGAAUAUGGUGAGGAA